AUGUCUGAGAGGCUCAACUACGAAGAAAACAUCGAAACGGCAGCGGCCGGCGGCGAGGACCGUGUAGGCACCUUGCCGGACCAGCUCCUGCAGACGAGCUUUCGUGGAGGCAACCUGCUCGACAGAAUGUCCAAGAGGCAUCACGACGAGGGAAACAUGGAAAGGGCGGUGGCUGGUGGCGAGGACCGCAUCAGCGCCCUCCCGGACGAACUCCUCCAGUACAUGAUGUCAUUCCUGCUUUCCCGCGACGCCGUGCGGACAUGCGUGCUCGCUAGGCGCUGGCGCAUGCUCUGGAAGUCCGUGCCCUCCCUACGCAUUGAUGAUCCCGAGAGCUACCACGGCGCUACGGGCUCCAGCUUGUUUGUCAAUGAGCUGCUUCGUCUCCGUGACCCAACGCCUCUGAAUACAUGUGACAUCCGUUCUGGUUGUCAGGAGACUGCGAACACCAAUUGGGCCAAGGAGGCAUUCCGACACAUGGAACCAUGGCUCCUGUAUGCUUUAUCCUGUCAAGUUCCAGUGCUUCGAAUUUGUUUUCCCUGGCGGGUAAUCAACAUGACUCUUGUCUCAUCGCACUUGAAGAGGUUACAUCUUUACCGCAUGCGAUUUGAGGGAUGCUCUCUGGAUUUUUCGAGCUGUCAGGUGCUACAGGUGUUAGAGAUGAAAGCUUGUCAUAUCCAUGUGAAUCUCUUGUCCCAGUCAUUACGAUUUCUUAAAAUUCACUACACGAGUUUUGGUUUUGAUCCACGCACUCGUAUUUCUGCCCCAAAUCUCAUUGGCUUCAGACUAGCUCCAUUUUACGGUUUGGCUCCUUUGCUUGAUAGCAUGCCAUCACUGGUAGCAGCAUCUAUUACACUUGGAGAAAUGUGCGAGGAAAUGUGUUACUGUGGAAAUCUAUCAUGUGGGGGAUGCGAUGCUCAAGCCGGUAACAACGACUAUCCUGUGGCUCUCCAAGGUUUGUCAGGUGCUACGAAUUUGAAGUUGACAGCAAUAUCUUAUCCGAUAAGGCUGUCUGUUUUGAGAAUGGAUUUGACAUGGCGCCCCAUGUUCAGGAAGCUAAAAAAGUUGUUGCUCAAUGAGUGGUGUGUGGCUGAUGAUUUCACUGGAUUGAUUUACUUUCUCCAGCACUCACCCAUUCUAGAGACACUGAUACUAAAGCUUGAUUUGCAAACUUCUGAGGAUUAUCAUUUGAACGAAAUUGAUGGAAGUUGUAACUCAAGGGAACAAUCAUUGCUAUCACAACAUCUCAAGGUAGUCAAAAUUAUAUGUGGCACGCAGGAAGAUGUGAUAGUUCACCGUAUUUCAAAGAUCCUAUGUGCCCAUGGAGUACCUUCUGAGCAAAUUCAGAUAGAAUAG